CGGCCGCCGGGCCCGUCCCGCCGGGGACGCCGGGCGCCGCCAGCCCGCCCCGGAGCCGGGCCCGCGGGCGGCGGCCGCGGCGCUGGGCAGGUGGAUGCUGCUGGAAGAUGGCGCCCUCGGGCCCGGGCGGCGUCAGGCGGCGGUGCCGGCGGGUGCUGUACUGGAUCCCGGUGGUGUUCAUCUGCCUGCUGCUCGGCUGGUCCUACUACGCCUACGCCAUCCAGCUGUGCAUCGUGUCCAUGGAAAACAUUGGAGAACAAGUUGUGUGCCUGAUCGCUUAUCAUCUGCUUUUUGCGAUGUUCGUCUGGUCAUAUUGGAAAACCAUCUUUACGUUGCCAAUGAAUCCUUCAAAAGAAAGAAAGAGUUGCUGGAGAGGGAGCCCAGGGGAGAAGCCCACCAGGAGGUUCUUCGGCGGGCGGCCAGAGACCUUCCCAUCUGCACCAGGACCAUGUCUGGAGCAAUCCGCUACUGUGACAGAUGCCAGCUCAUCAAACCCGACCGCUGCCACCACUGCUCCGUCUGCGAUAAGUGUAUUUUGAAGAUGGACCAUCAUUGCCCGUGGGUGAACAAUUGUGUCGGAUUUUCAAACUAUAAAUUUUUCCUUCUUUUCUUGGCUUAUUCCCUGCUGUAUUGCCUUUUUAUUGCUGCUACAGAUUUACAGUAUUUUAUCAAAUUUUGGACAAAUGGUCUACCCGAUACUCAAGCCAAGUUCCAUAUUAUGUUUUUAUUCUUUGCUGCAGCUAUGUUCUCUGUCAGCUUGUCUUCUCUGUUUGGCUAUCAUUGUUGGCUAGUCAGCAAAAAUAAGUCUACAUUAGAGGCAUUUAGAAGCCCAGUAUUUCGACACGGAACAGAUAAGAAUGGAUUCAGCUUGGGUUUCAGUAAAAACAUGCGACAAGUUUUUGGUGAUGAGAAGAAGUACUGGUUGCUACCCAUUUUCUCAAGUCUAGGUGACGGCUGCUCCUUUCCAACUUGCCUUGUUAACCAAGAUCCUGAACAGCCAUCUACACCUGCAGGGCUGAAUUCAACGUCUAAAAAUCCUGAAAACCAUCCAUUUCCUGCAAAGCCAUUGAGAGAGUCCCAGAGCCACCUGCUUACAGACUCUCAGUCAUGGACGGACAGCGGCGCAAACCCAGGAAAAGACGAAGCUGGGAUGAGCAAUCCUGCACUGACCAUGGAGAAUGAGACGUAACUCUCCAAACAAAAUUAAUUCAUGUUUUUGAAAGUAUCAGUGCUGUAGGUGGAUGGACGAGGCUUCCCACGGGCACCACUGGCCGAUCGUCCCUGUUUCCUUCUGGCUGGACGUGCAGGACGUGAAUGGAUGAGUUCUCUCCAAGCUACUGCUUGAAACAUCACAUUUUUAAUUCAAGAUGCAGAUUGUUUCAACGGAUGCAAAUCCUUGUUAAAUGUUAAAAUAAUGAUGGUUUAUGCAUCAAGGGCAAAAAUAUAAUCUAUCAUAAAAACUGAGGAGAUUCAUGGGCCAGUUUUCACCCAAAUAAUUGGGUAGCACAAUUUGUCACAAUUCUGAUCCAGGAAAUUAAGAUGAAGGUACUGAGAUUUAAAAGAUUUCCAGUCACAUGAUGAUGAUGAGAUUUAUUCGUAAAACCUGCUACCACUAAAAAGGUGGAGGUGGCCAGACUUCUUAUUUAUUCCUUCUGAUCUGAAUCCAGCUUCAGACUGAGUGAAUUCAUUACAGAGUCCAAAUGACCUACAGUUGAAGAUCUCCAUUUUUUGCUAGACUUUAAUCGGAUUCUAGUUUUUGUUUCCUGCUAGAAAAUAAGUAUGAUCAUUGAAGCUUGAGCUCACUGAUAAGCAAUUUGGCUAGAAAAUUUUGUCAGAAUGAAUACAUUUCCAUUAUACCUGAUAUAUACAGGGUCCAGCAGAAGUAAGGCCUGCUUGAGUGUGGUUGGUAGGGGAAUAAUAUGGAUGU